UACGUCGCGCCGUUCUUCCUGGUGAGAUCAAACGACCGAAAAAUUCACCUUAUUCGGAUUAUUGCCGCUCUACCAUGGGACGAGUCAAGCUGUAUGUUUAUUCAGAGAAAACGUCAGACGAUGAACCCCAGUUCUUAGGGACAGAAUCGAUCUCCAAGCUCCUGUGUCAUUGUGCUCGAGAGUCCACAUCUCCCCGAUAUCAGAAGAAAGCAAUAAGAAACUUUACCAAAAUGAAUUCAAUCAGUAAAUCGUUUCAAGACGAAUCCAAACCCAAAAAGGACACUCCCGCAGUGAAGGGCAUAUUGACUUUGUUUUUUUGUAUCGUGUAUGCAGCAGUGUUAUUCAUAAUGGCUGCGGUCCUGUCGAGGGUGGCAUCAUCAUUCGGAAAAUCAGCUGCCAGUACGCCAGGUGUGCAAAUUCAAGUGUGGGAAACAGACACUAAGAAACACAUGGAAGUGCGACAGAACCGUCUCGCCCACACGAGAUGGGGACAGUAGUCUCCUUUCACCACAUCCAUGUCGGAUAGGGCAGACUUUAUGUGACGAAAACGUUAUGAGGUGCGUGUGUCACAAGGGAGGUGACUCUAAUUGUUUUCCCUUGAAGGGCAGAUAACCCAACACAAACGUCACGUCACUUCGUCCAAAGGGCAUCUCAGGGACUGAAAGACAUUCGUUGUUCUUUGGGACAAACUGUGCUUUUCGGAGAGGGUUAUUUGUGCUUAUAUUUUUGCAGUUGUGACAUUGACGUUUUUUGCUUUCAUGUGACAAUGGCAUUUAUGAUGGAAUCGUGGAGAGAAAGAAGUAUGGAUGAGAGUGCUUGGGUAUUGACUAGUUAUGAAUGGGCAUUGUUUGACUGUUUAGUUGUUUUUCCGAGAGGAUGGCCUGUGAUACUGAAAUUAUGAUUGACGUCAAAUACAGUGCUCAAAGUAGUGCAGUACAUCUCACUACACCUUCGAAUUCAUUUCAUGCAUUUCUUACUGACUUCGUGAAGACUUAGUCAUACAUUGAAAUCUAAAGUACACUUCUCAGUGAACGCGACUUGUGAUCUCAUUAUGACGGCCAUGAGGUCGUUGGCAACACUUUUUGACGGUUUAGCAACGAAUGAUACAGGGGACUGCAGUAUUUUUAUAAAAAAAAAUCCAAAUUGCUUAAACUACACUUCAGUCAAUCACGAACUAAUAUUUAAAUUUCCAAAUUUGAUAAUAUAUGAAUUACCUGUAUUAUAAAUACAUGUAGUAAAAGAAUUGUAUAUACUCUUUCAUCAUUAGGGCAUGGCGGUUUCAUAACCGAAUUAUGAACAACUUAAGAGGGACACGUUACAUUGUCAUGAACGUAAACUUGCUGCAUUUGUCGUAAAAUGUAUGAAAUAAAAUCUAAAAUAUAA